UUUCCACUACAGUCGCCUCCCCUCGCCCUUUCAACCAUCUCUCUUCCUCCCUCUCCCGCUUUGACUUUACCUCCUAGAUCUGACUGACCACUAAAUCGAUAAAGAAAGCAAUGUUGAUGAAGAAUCGUGAAAAAGGUUUUAGUUCGAGAGAAGGACUUGCUAGUGUAACUUAAAGCAAUGGAGGAAAUGACUAUCAAUCAUCACAGUGGCGGAAGUUAUAGAUUACAAAGACGAUAUCGAGGAAAUCAAAAAGACGGUUGUGGGUUCCUUGACGGACGAGAAAAUUGUGUAUGCAUGAGUUUAUAAGAAAAAAGUAUUGAUUAUUUUAUAGCAAUAAUAAUGAUUAUUUGUAUACUAAAAAUAUUGUGAUAAAAUAGUUAUCUCUUAGUUGUGAUUUUAUAGUAGUGAUUUCAUAGUGGUUAUUAUACAACGCAGUACCUAUUUUUCAUGCUAAUGAUGUUUUGUACAAGAAAUUCUCAGAUUAGGUUAGUUUAGGGACUGGAGAAAGGGAAAGGAACCCAAAAACGCCUCCACUAUUAGCGACUUAUUGAAAACGCUCCUUCAACAAUAAUGAGCAGCACAAUUUGACCGACAGGUAGGAUCGCCGGCAGAAGCCAAUCGCGUGUUGUCUUAAAAUUCUCUUCCCUCCGCCGUCUCCCGGAGCUCUGCCGCCAUCCGUUCCCACCUUCUGGUUCUGCUGCUCAGCCAGCACUCGGUUUCGGUUGAUCCCCAAAAUUCUCCAACUACCAUCAAUAAAGUCGUCGACUUUGCGUAAAUCUGCCGUCGAUCCGGCAAAUUUACCCGGAACCCAGGUGAGUAAAAGUUGGGGCAAGUCGCAUGGAGGCGAUCCCACCAACCUCGGCGGCCGCCGGAGGUGGAGGGCCUGCCCCUUUCUUGGUGAAGACGUACGACAUGGUGGAUGACUCCUCCACCGACGACAUCGUCUCGUGGAGCUCGUCCAACAAUAGCUUCGUGGUUUGGGAUCCUCCGGAAUUCGCCAGGCGCCUCCUUCCCACCUACUUCAAGCACAACAAUUUCUCUAGCUUCAUCCGCCAAUUGAACACUUACGGAUUCAGGAAGAUUGAUCCUGAGAAAUGGGAGUUCGCCAAUGAAGAGUUUAUCAAAGAUCAGAAGCAUCUUCUGAAAAAUAUCCACAGGCGGAAGCCAAUCCACAGCCAUAGCCACCCUCAAGGUGGUUCUUUGGAUCCUGAAAGGGCAGCAUUUGAUGAUGAGAUUGAGCGGCUCUCCCUUGAGAAGGCUCAGCUGCAGGCUAGUCUUGUAGGGUAUGAGAAGCAGAAGUCAACGGAAAAAGCUCAGUUGGAAGAUCUCACGCAGCGGGUGGAUACCCUUGCGCAGAGGCAAGACAGUUUGUUAUCCUUCCUAGAGAAAGCUGUUCAAAAUCCUUCCUUCGUUAAGCGUCUUACCGAGAAGAUUGAAGCGAUGGAUGUAUCUGCUUACAGCAAGAAGAGACGCUUGCCUGAAGCUGAUCAAUCAAGGCCAGCUGUUGACAGUGCAUUUGACUCUAGUUCUAGACCAGAGUUUGGAAAUGCCAUCAAUCACCAAGAUUUCUCCAAUAAGCUGAGGUUAGAGCUAUCUCCUGCUGUCUCGGAUAUUAAUUUGGUAUCUCACAGCACUCAGAGCUCAAAUGAGGACCGGGCUAGUGCACAAGGGAAAUUUAGCGAACUAGAGCCGCCCAAAGAUGGAUCAUUGAGGACACCUGGUUUGCUAUUUUCAGCACCAGAAACCUUAGACCUUUCAGAUACCGGGACUUCAUGUAUGUUUAUGGUUGAUUCAGCUUUCUCAAAGAAAGUUUCACCUAGUUUGAGUAGUUAUGAUGAAGCUGACGGUCAUAUAUCAUGCCACUUGAAUCUCUCUCUGGCAUCCUGUUCCUUGCAAGUAGACAAGAACCAUUCAUCUAAAAUGGCUCAAGUAGGUCAUCAGGAAGUCAGAGCAUCUCCAGAGUUGAGGUUUAAUCAUGUCAAGGAUAAAGAAUCGGACAUGAGGUCUGUACCAAGAAACCGAAGCAUGAGUAGUGAUGAGAAACCAAACAUAGCGUCUGCUGCUCCAGGUCGUGUGAAUGAUGUGUUCUGGGAACAGUUCUUCACUGAAAGACCAGGUUCUUCUGACAAUGAGGAGGCUAGCUCUCAUUAUAGGGCAAACCCAUAUGAUGAGCAGCAGGAAGACAGAAGGUCGGGACAUGGAUCGUCAACAAACAACAGGAGAAUGGAGCAGCUGUCUCUUUGAGCACUUGUUGUAGAGGCUGUUUCAGGUUUGUAGACUUGCCUCAUUGUGUGUUAUGAUUAGGUUCUGAUAUCCGUGAUUGGAGAUAGGAACCCUACAAGUUAACAUGAUGCUGGGUUUCUUUUCUCGGUAUCCUUUCAAGUGCCUCUCGUACUAUUUUAAGACUGGGAAUGCGGCGUUGUUGCUGUAUUGCCUCGGAAUGGUUAAUGUUAGAUAUUAUUCAUCGUAUCCUAAUGGAUCAGGAGUAAUAGUCGGUCAUCCUUUCUGGUUUUCCUUGCUGCAUUAGGAUUUCAACAGAGUUAAAACCUGCUGCUCAGCUAGUCAUGGAUCAAUAUUAUCUUGCCGGGGGAUUAGGCAACCCCUUGCGCACACUCCUGCAUCCUUGAGAUUGACAUUAGUAUGUCCUCGUUGACUACCCUCUACAGAGUUAAUACGAGAAGCCUCGCCGAUGUCCCAUGUUGCUGAAAAACAUAUAUCCUCGAAGAAGUCCCUCUCACUCCCACAUUCCCUUGAACUUGACAUGAAUUGAUCAUGUAUUGUUUAAUAGGCUUGUUGCUGGAAACUGUGGCAUCCCCAUUCUUCAGAGUCUGCAAGUUGAUUAUUGUACAAGUAUCUGGUGCUGGUCUUGCUCUGUAGUAUUCUGUUGUCCAGUUUGAGUUGCAAGAGGGUCGGAAGGAGAUCCGACCAUUAAUUUGUUAUGUACUUGUAUGAAUUACUCUAUGUCUGUAAUGAGAUUAACACAUAAAGUUGAUCUCUUUUCAUUUUUUUUUCUUUCCGUAUCCUUUGUAUCCCCCUCCGGCGUGCCCAUCGUCGCUGAGAUUCAUUCGUUGGGCUAAGUAUUUUUGUAUUAUGAGGGCUAACAGUUAUUAACUCGGCCCAUCCGAUUCAUACAAAUCACUCUCACUGUCACAAUCAAACCCGAAAACCGGUGCGGUGACCUCCUCACUCCGAUCAAAAUCCCACAUCACCUCUCAAAGUCAAAAGCAGAAAUCCACUCGGAAGUUAUAUUGGAAAGGAUCGAGUUUUGCAGUCCUAUCUUCUUCUUCUUCUUCUUCUUCUUCCUUUCGUUGUAGAACAGAGUCCUCGUAUCAAAUGGAUCAGGAUGAAACGCGGAAGAUAAACGUCGAAGUGCAGACUCCGGUAAUAAUAUCAAACCCCCUGAAUAGUCAUAUUCAAAUCUUUCUGCCCAAUUACUGAUCUGAUGUUGUUCUUGGUCUUGGGGAUCUGGGUUUACUCUGUCGAUUACCUAAUCUUGGAUGUUGAAGACCGGUAGGCGAUACUUCUUCAGGCUUAGUCGGAGCACCAAGCUGUGGAAGCUGAUGGCGGCAUUCGCUGAUGGGCUCGGGAUCAACGUCAACGAUGUCCGUCUUGUUCGAUGGCCUCAAUUUGCGUCAUUAUCAGACCCCUCAACAGGUCAUUUUACCAAAAGGGGUUCUGUUUAGGUUGAUGUUAUCAGUGUAUGGAAGUGGUUGAGUACGAUUUGAUUCGAUAAUCGUGAUUUGGUCAGACCAAACGAAGAGAUCAAGACAUAUUAUAAUGCGGUCUUUAAUCAAACCAAAUCAUUGCUAACGGUAUAUAAUUCGAAUUAAAUUGUACAAUCGGGUACGAUUUUCGUUGAGAAUUUAUCGGACAAACUAGAGAAUUUUUCAGGGAGAUAUAUGAUGCGCCGAAAACGAAAAUUUAACCGUUCUACGUAAUUACAGUUUCACUUUCCACCCUCAAAAGAAAAUUUAAACUUGAAAAUCAAUUUCAUUUUUCUAU